GAUACCGGUUGCACUUUGACCGUAGGUGGUAAAGUAGAUUGUGCGUACCAUUUCCAGCUUCCAGUUCCUUCAGUUUAGGUGCUCAUCCGACCCGGGGCCAGCGAAUAAUAAUGGCGAAAGCGUUAAAACUGUACUACGACUUGAUGUCGCAACCUUCUCGGGCGCUAUGGAUUCUGCUAGAGAAGACGAAAAUUCCUUACGAAAAGUGCCUGGUAAAUCUGGGCAAAGGCGAACAUCUUACCGAGCAGUUUAAGGAAAUAAAUCGCUUCCAAAAGGUGCCCUGCAUUACCGACAGCAAGAUCAAGCUCGCCGAGAGUGUCGCCAUCAUGCGCUACCUGGCCCGCGAGUACACGAUGCCCGAUCACUGGUUUCCGGCUGAAAGUCGCCGGCAGGCGCGCGUUGACGAGUAUCUCGAGUGGCAGCACCAUAACACGCGGGCCGUUUGCGCCACCUACUUCCAGUACGUAUGGUUACGGCCGCGCCUAAUGGGCACGGCGGUCGACCCAAAGCGAGCCGACCAGUACCGCAAGGAGAUGGAAAAAUGUCUCGAUUUUAUCGAGAGCGAAUAUCUGGGCCACGGCUCCCCGUACAUUGUCGGAGACGAGAUAUCGGUUGCCGAUCUGCUGGCCGCCUGCGAGAUUGAGCAAGCAAAGAUGGCUGGCUACGAUCCGUGUGCCGGACGCCCGAAGCUGACGGAGUGGAUGGCACGGGUCCGUGACGCAACCAAUCCGUAUUACGACCAGGCGCACAAGCUGGUGUACAAGAUCAUGCCGGACACAAUUCCCAAACCGAAGCUAUAGGAGGCGCCCCAGUACACGACUCUACACGCGGAUGUGCCUUCGAUUAUGCUCCCAAAAAGGUUAUUCAUUUACCGAACGCGCACAAUUACACUAGCGACUAGCGGGAGCGAUGCUCAUUCUGGUUCGUUCCGACAAAUGAUCGACACCCGGCGUGUUUUUCGGAUUUGUCGCUGGCGAAAGACGGAUUCCGCGUUAGGUAGGAUUUCGUGUGUAAACUUGUACCGAGC